UUCGAGGAGGUCUGCAGGGAUCGGCUCUUGGUGGUGGUGGGAGUCGUCAGGGUGGUUGGAGCCGUCGGAAUGUGACCUACGAUUUGCGCCCAUAAAUGCAGCCCCACGAUCCGUCCCGCGAGCGGCCAUCAAUGGCGGUGGGUGCCGGAAUAGUCGACAUGGAGUCUGUUCUCCCUCGUCGCUGGUUGAACCGAGCGCAGACGCCAGCGAGGGUGGCGGUCUUGGCAGGCUCCUCGUCGUGGGGCUCGUCCGCCGAGGCUAACAAUAUCUUCGUGUGGCGAGGGAAAUCCAAUGGACGGUCUGACGAUGACCGGCGGGGAUGCCGCCAAGGCAUGGAUGGGGACUUACCACUCGUACAGGCGAAUAACACGAGCAUCGGACGCCCAGCCAAGCUGGAUGGACUAAGGCGUUCAUCGUGCCCGCGAAGGAAUGAGGAGACGAAGGCAGAGGUGAAGCCAGAAGCGCCUGGAAGGGAGUGCACGAAAAGUUCACUACUGCCCGAGGCAGAAAGGCAGCAACAGGCUGCGCCUAUUCUCAUCUCGUCGCGCACCAACAGCAUCCAGCGUUCUUCUGCCGACCUCUCCAAGGGAAUUGGCAUCCAUUCAUUUAGAUCAUCGGGGUGCACAGGGCACGGACACGCCGCCCUUCCACGCCUACGCAGCGACCCCUCCUUCGCCUGGCCUCCGUCGUGGCACAAGCGUUUCGCCUGUCUCGCCACUGUCGCCGCCUACUGCACCUUUCGGCCAACAUCUCAUCGCAGGUGGUCUCCAUCUUUUUCAGCCACCCCGUCGUGCAGCUUCAAGUGUGCCAUCUCCGCAGCGACAGAAGACCCAAUACCCUCCUCAGGAAUCUCUGUAGCAUGUUUGUAUGGGGCUUCGACCUCGUCGAUAAACCCUUGAAUAGACCACUUUCCAGCCAGCAUCUCAUCGUAUGUGAUCUCCGUCUUUUUCAGCCGCUCGUCGUGCAGCUUCAAGUGCUC